AUGAAGAUCACAAUGAUCUUUGUUGGACUUCUUGGACUGAUUCUCAUUCCCGGUCUUUCUGGCUAUAAUAUUAUUAUCAAUGAUGACAAUAACGCUAACGGCAGUGGGCACCAGUCAGUGACCAUCAACAACGAACACAAUGUGGCCAAUGUUGACAACAACAACGGCUGGAACUCCUGGAAUACCCUCUGGGAUUAUCAAAUGGGAUUUGCAGCAACCAGACUCUUUGCCAAGAAGGCUUGCAUUGUGCAUGCCCUGAACAAGGAUACCAUGCCCUCCAUUGAAGCUCUUGAUGCACUAGCCAAGGAAAAGAAGGGGAAAGCACCAGGGGGAUCACCUCCUAAGGGCCUGAUAUACUCAACCAAUCCUGACACAGUUGAUGAUCUGAGCCAGUUUGGAAAUAACGUUGCCCGCAUGUGCCAGGGGAUUCCAACCUACAGGGCUGAGGAGAUUCCAGAUGCAAACUUGUUUUAUUACUCAGGAAAAUGCUUCAAUACAAAUGUACUUUGGAUUCUGAAUAUUUCCUACUGUGGAAAAACUGUGGAGGACUAA